CACACACACACACACACACAUUAAAGCACCCCUCCCUUUCCUUCUACCUCUUGCAGUGGAACAGACUGAGAGCUGCUGCAGCGACAUCCCACCGCUCUGCUCCAUCUGAAACCUGAAUCAGUUCUGUUGCUGCUUCUGCACCACUGGAUUGUACCUCCUGUACCUCCUGUACCUCCUGCAGAGACACCAUGAACAUCAGCCUGCAGCUCCCUGUGGAUUAGGACCAGAGCACCACCCUGCCUUCAGCUUCUCUCCAACCCUUCGCUAUAUAUUCGCCUUUUAAUGGCCACCAGUCCUGCCGCCGCCGCCACCCAGCAAUUCAGCAGCAUGGAGGAAUCCCAGCAUCCAGUCAGCACGCAGCAGGAAGGAGCCGCCGUGACUUCCCAACCAGUCAGUGCAGAGCAACACGCCCUGACAACAGACGCUGAUGGCGGUCUAACAGAGGCGGGGAGAGACAUGGACCUCCUCACGGUGGUCAAUGACAACAUGGAGACCAGUAACGGCAUGGGCCCCGUGAGGGCGGACUCCUCUCCCACAGUGUCCUCUGUGUCGCCCAAACUUCACGCCAAGCCCGGCGGACAUGCUAACGGGAGGUCUGGUUUGGGCAGCCGGUCCGGCUCGGUGGCGGCGGGCUCCCCAAGGCCCUCCCUCACCCGCCAGCCCAGUGCAAUCACAGAGGCCACUGUGGACGGGUCCAAGCCGAGAGACUACCUGUUCCUGGCCAUCCUGUCCUGCUUCUGCCCACUGUGGCCGAUCAACAUCGUAGCCCUCACCUUCUCAGUGAUGUCCCGAAACAGUCUGCAGCAGGGGAAUCUUGAUGGUGCUCGACGUCUUGGCCGCAACGCCAUGGUUCUGUCCAUCGUCUCCAUCUUGGGAGGUAUCGCCAUUAUCACGGCCGCCAUCAUUUUCAACUGGGGAUUGAUUUUAAAAUCUUGAUAAAACUGGACCUGAGUCAAGACUGACUUCACAACAACCCCUGACCGACACGACACCACUCCCUCAGAUUCCCUUAAGCACUAUCCUUCUCAAGCGCCUGCACCAGAUGAAAAAAAAACCUGUUCCUGUACUUUGCUGUUGUUUCUUGCUGCACGACGAGCAUGGUCUGCCUGACGCUCUACCUCCAGCACAACCCGAAUACCAACCCACACCUGAACCUGGGCCCUGUUUGGAAAUGGAAAAUGGAUCACAAGUUUCAUUCUGUGGUAACGAAUAUCUCCUCCCCAGAGCGUUAUCUCUCACCGAUGAACACGUGGGUCUGCUGUGAUGGGAAUGGACAUCUGUCUCUAAGGAAUCAGGAUUACUCUGACCUCUGUGGGGCGAGUUUUUCUGACUUUUUGAUGCCAAAAAAUUAGAAACCUUAGCUGAACUGAAGCUGGAAGAUGCUGCAGCGGUGAUUGUUCAACGUGAACUGAAGAGGAAACUGUCAGUCUCUUUGUGAUGCAGAAGCUGGAAACACAAAUAGAAUGACCUGUUUUUGGAGAGCGGUGGAUUGUGUCAUCCUUCAUCUUUUCCUGUUGGUGUUUGUGGAGCACACUCACACACACACACACAUGCAUGUCACUUCAAAUAUGCUUCUUUGACUCAAUCUCUGUGUAUCCCUAUCUGUCUGCAAGAAUACAGUAAGACCAUCAACAACAGACCUUCAUAUUAGAGCCGUUUCUUUAAUUUACAAAUGUCCAUGUGACGAUGAUACGCUAGUCUGUGACUUUUUAACCUCCUGUUUGCAGCCUCAUCUCUAAACCAGACAAUGCACAAGAUAAAAGAAGCUAACGAGCUUUGCAGACUCCCAGACUUUAAGCUGCUUUUAAAUCCCCUUAGUGGCAGACAGCACACAUUACAUGUCACAGAACGCCUUGAACAUCACACCCCACUGCACGCCGUUUGGCAGAUUUUACAGGGGCAUUAAACGGCUGAAUUACUACCUCCACCACCUUCUUUUUCUACCACUCCAACACUUCUUCUAGAAAAGGGCUAGAGACGGAGCAUCUGUUACCUGCAUGCUGUUUUCAGCUCAAGCAGAAGCAGAAGUUAACCUUUGAGCUGCUGAUUGAAACAGAGGGAAAAGUUGACCUUUGUUUUUUGAUUGAAAAAUCGAUGGAUGCCGACCUUUCUGAUAAAAAUUCCAAAUCAACUCAUGCAGUUUCAUCCAUCUUCAUCCCAAGCCUGCUAACAAAUAUUGAGUCCACUCCAGAAUCCCAUUAGCCUGAAAUAAAGACACAAUCAGACCUUGUUUAAGUGGAGACAUGUUUAAAAGAUCUAAUGAAGCGGGAACAUCUGAUGUUGAUAAAUGAAGCUAAUGCGACAGUGCACAAAAAUUGCAGUUCCCCAAGUGUCCACAAGAGGCUCCAAAGUCCAAGAAAACUCCCAUGAUAAGAAAAAAAACCCAAACCUAAUUCCUUAGUGGUGGCUGAAUAUUUUAUGAGUUGUCCAUCUUGGUCUCAUUUAGUCUAAGAGUUAUGCGUAAGGCAGAAUUAGGGGCGUGGCUAAUUUGACAAAAGUUAGGUGGAGCCAGCAUUUCCAAUAUGGCGACCUGGUCUCCUCAGGAAACAAUGGAUGAUCUCACUGAGGUUACAUCCAUGUCUUUUACAGUCUCUGUGUCAAACAGAGGCAAAGUCAUGACAUCACUUCCUGUUUAGCCUCAGCACAGUCUCAUAUUCCCCAAUACUGUAUUUUAAUUUGUAUGAAUUAGACUUCUCUUCACACUCCUUCACAUAUAUUCAUUUAGAGAGGAGAUUUUAAGUAUGUGCUUUGUCUCUAUGAGUGAAACGUGGAGUAGUGUGUGACCGGAGACUUAAAGUGCUCAGCUGUGGUCGCUGGGAUGCCUUUAAGUGCAUCGCAUUGCCUGUAACUGAUUCCAGCGAGUCCCUCUGAUUCAGAUCUCUUAAAUGAUUCCGUCUGACCGCAGUAUGUGCAGCUUCUUCUUCUUAAUGGACGUGAAGUGAUGGGCAGUUUGAUGCCGCUCCCUGUGAUCUCCAGGCCCCUCUAUUAAUUUGAGAAAUUAAGGUUAGGUUUCCACCACAGCUCUGUACACGACCCGACACUUCCUGUGCACAACAGUGAGAUUCUUGUUUGGCUUUUUAGUUAUAGUCUCUAAAAUCUGUCUUAUCUACACACUGGGAGAAACAGUUCAAGCUGUGUGGUAGUUCUGCGAUGUAAAAACGCUCGAUGUCUGACAGAGUAAGGUCAACAUGUUUAGAGGAAAGUGCUCCUCAUGAUAACUCUCAUAUGUCUACAUUUUUAUUCUAAACCUUUUUAGAGUAAAGAUGAAGAAAACUCCCCGUUAUCUUUUCCCAGUGCUUCAUUCUUUUCCAUACGUCCUCCAUUUCUCACUUUUACUUUUAUCCUACUUUCACCCCGUGUUGCAGCAGCUUCUUUUAUUCCCUCUGCACAUUACAUGUCUGGACUCUGACAUAAACUGAUAUAUUUUUAUAAAAUACUUUAUUUAGUUACGUUUAUUUCAUCUUCUUGUUUUUCUAUGGGACAUCCUACUUUCUAAAACCUUGAUUUAAUGUAAUCUGCAGAUGGGAGAUAGUUUAAAAGGCUUUGGUGGAAUCAUUUUAAGGAAUCAGUCUUACUCUAAUAUGAAGGUCUGUUGUGAAAGUCUAAUAAAACCUUAUUCAAGGUCACCAUUCUUGAAAGAUGGCAGAUUUUAAGGGUUCCUUUGGCUUCUGAAAUCUGGAUUCUUGUUCUAAAAAGGGACAUCAUGAGCCUCCAACGUGUCCUGGGACAUCUGAUGACUUUAAAGUGAAACAUAGAACUCUCUGGAACAAGCUGAUUGUGACUCCUGACACCUAUCAGGGUUUAUCUUCUCACUCACUCACACCUUGCAUUUUAAACAGUCCUAGAGUUCAUCUCGUCCUUGUCUCAUCAGCUUCGUCUCAGCUCUCAGAGCCUCAGUGUGACGCUGUGCCAAACACCUGAGUGUGUGCCAACCUGCGCACAAGCCACCCUCAUAUUUCUGUUAGCCUGUUAUAUUUGUGUGAGCUAACAGACGCUGGGUAGACGUAUCAAAGAUGGAACACAAUGAGCCCUUCACUACUAUAACCUGUGCAUGUUUACAGUAUUUAUUACAGGAUGCUUUUACAUGAGACUGUAGCCUCAUUUAGCUGGAAAGCUAACUGAGUAGCACUUUGUAUAUAAAUAAUUUGGGAAGUUGUAAUAUUUACGCCCAGAUAAAUACUCCCCUUUUCUCUAACCAUUGUCCUGAAGACGAAACUGACCUGCAGUCAACUUGCCGCCAAAAAUCCCCCAAAAUGUGGCUUUUAUUCUAAAUGAUGCUUUAAAGAGGGAGCACAAAAUAUCUGAAAGCGGUGACACAUUUGAAGUUAGCGUCUUUGCAUAGAGGGGAGGUCAGGUGAGGUCAGAUGAGGUCAGGCUCGGAGGUGGCAGGUGAGGGCGGAGGGUCCUGCUCACACCUUAAUUUCACCCACUCUGGUACUGUAUGUAGCAUGCCUGUUUACUAUUCACAUUAUGCAAAAGAAAAAAUAUAUGGUCUCAGCUAGAUGUCAGUAUGAAUGCUAGCUUCCCUGAGUUCUGCUAUGGUUGUGUACUUGAACACGGUUUUGUAUGGAACUUGCUUGCGCUACCUCUCAGAGUUGCCUACAGUGUUUUAUCAACAGCGCCUCACAUUGUUUCAAUCCGAUGAUUUUAACUGACUGUUAAAUCUCUUGUGCUAUCGUUUGUAUUUUGCUCUGUUGGGGAGAUUUUAACCGCUCACAUUAUUUCUAUAUUAGUGUGCAGGAUUUUAUUUGUGAACAUGAUCCCACAUCUUAAGGCCACAGUCAUUCAUCUUUAACUGGCAACACUUCUGUAGAUAUAAGGACUCCUAUGAUACCAACGUUACAAGCAGAAAACUGCCCGAUAACAAGUUGUCUUACACUGAGGAAUCAACAGUUCUGAGGAAGAUUUUUAGCAUCAGUUAUCACUUCAAAACAUAAUGAAAAAUCCUCAUGUUUACGUCGACAUGUCUACAAAUAACUCAAAGUAACAUUCAAACAAAGGAAUACAACAAUAUUAUCAUAUGCAGAUAAUCGCCUUUCAUGUCGCCAAGCUAAAAAGGAUUUAUUAAAGGUGUCAGUAUUCUGAUUUUAAAGUUGCUGUUGGUAGUCACAGAGUAAACAUCUGUUCAGAGAGAGGGACUUCGAAUGUCAACACUAUCCCUCCCAACCAGAUUUCCUCUUAGCCCCCCAACACAGGUCGGCGUGAGCAGUCAUGAUAGUGCCGGACUCAUAACCAAUCAGUGGAUGUAGUAGGGGUCACCCCUUAACCAAUCAGAACAGAGAAUUGGAGAUUAGCUCUGAUUGGUCCGUGAUAACGGGAACGAGGGGAAUAAUAACAUUGCUUGAUACAAAGGCAUUGGAAAACGCAGAGAUUUCGCAAUAGUCUCAAAUUACUUCAUUUACUGAUGAGUACUGAUGGGCGUUAUGACCUUUUCUCCAAACCCAGCAGAAAAAAGUAAUGUUUUUUUACACCAUUCCUACCAACAGCAGCUUUAAUUUCAGAUUUUAAAAAAAGUUCACCUUAAACAUUUUUUUGCUCACCAAACAUCUAAAAAAAAAAUCCGUGGCCCUUAUCCUUUUUUAAAAAUUUAUUUAUUUAUUUAUUUAUUUAUUUAUUUAUUUAUUUCCUCGUGACCCUGAUCCUCUUCCGUUCAUUCAGAAGUGCUAAUUGUCUCCGGAGGAACAAAUAAAGUUUUCUGAUUUGAAUUGAAAGUAAACACAGAGAGCUAAUUGCUCUCUUAGCUAACAGGACAGAUAUAUGUCCCCACAGAAUCGCUAUUUUAAACUUAAUGUCUAAUAUGAAAACGUAAUUAGCCGAGCAGACUUCCGUACAGUGUGUUUAUAUUCUAUCAUGGAAGUGGAUUAACUGUAAACGUCCAACAUAACGGGAUCAACGAUGCUAAUGUAUGCUAACAGCGAGCUAACCUGAUCAGGCAAUACUUCAGACACGAUGGCAGGAUAGAACACCACAGACAGCAGAUUAAAUCCCCCUCCACUGAUACCAAGUGGUCAGAACCUCAGCGGAGCCGGGGCGGACCGAUCUGGGAUCACUGCAGAUAAAGAGGAAAACAAACAAGAGGAGACAGUUGGAGAGAAUAAGAGUCAACCUUGAGUGAUUCAUUAUCUUCCCCUGACUGAAUUAUCCGAUCAAUGAAUUGAAUUAGGAGGAGCCACCUCUUCUGCUGGAUCUGCAGUCCUGUCCCGAUGUCCCCUGUGCAGGGGGCGACUCUCCAGGUUCCAAAAAGAAGACAAAGAA